AUGGCGACGAGAAAAUCCGCACCGCACCUUCUCAAACAACUCCGCGCCUCUCGCCACCACCUCACCCAAACCCGCUCCGUCACCUACAUGCCCCGACCCGGAGACGGCACACCUCGCGGCGUAACACUCAUCCCCGGCGACGGAAUCGGACCACUCGUAACCGGCGCGGUGGAGCAAGUAAUGGAGGCCAUGCAUGCGCCGGUGUACUUCGAGAAGUUCGAAGUGCGCGGUGACAUGAAAGCGGUGCCAGCUGAAGUGUUGGAAUCGAUUAAGAAGAAUAAGGUUUGUUUGAAAGGUGGACUUGCGACACCUAUGGGAGGUGGAGUUAGUUCGCUGAAUGUGCAGUUGAGGAAGGAGCUUGAUCUUUACGCUUCGCUUGUUAACUGUUUCAAUCUACCUGGGUUAACUACGCGGCAUGAUAAUGUUGAUAUUGUUGUUAUUAGGGAGAAUACAGAGGGUGAAUACGCUGGCCUUGAACAUGAGGUCGUUCCCGGUGUUGUUGAAAGCCUCAAGGUAAUAACAAAGUUCUGUUCAGAGCGCAUUGCUAAAUAUGCUUUCGAGUACGCUUAUCUAAAUAACAGAAAGAAGGUGACUGCUGUGCACAAAGCAAACAUUAUGAAACUCGCAGAUGGUUUAUUCUUGGAAUCUUGUCGAGAGGUUGCCACAAAGUAUCCUGGAAUCAAGUAUAAUGAAAUUAUUGUAGAUAAUUGUUGCAUGCAGCUUGUUUCAAAGCCUGAGCAGUUUGAUGUCAUGGUAACCCCCAAUCUUUAUGGAAAUCUUGUUGCAAAUACCGCGGCAGGCAUUGCUGGUGGAACUGGUGUCAUGCCGGGAGGUAAUGUUGGUGCUGACCAUGCUAUAUUUGAACAAGGUGCUUCAGCAGGAAAUGUUGGUAAAGAAAAAGUAGUACAACAAAAGAAAGCCAACCCUGUGGCACUCCUCCUUUCAUCGGCAAUGAUGCUUAGGCAUCUUCGAUUUCCUGCAUUUGCUGACCGAUUGGAAGCUGCUGUGAAGCGAGUCAUUUUAGAGGGAAAACACAGGACCAAGGACCUUGGAGGUACAAGCACUACUCAAGAAAUUGUUGAUGCAGUGAUAGAUGCAUUAAACUAA